AAAACGCAGGCGUUUAGCAUUCAGUAGAACACCCCAACCCUACCAACCCUAACUCCCUCCAAUUCUCCAACGGCGCAGCACACACUCCCUCUCUCGUCCCUCCCAUCACCCUCGAGCUGGCCGUUCCUCUCAACACCGGCGAGCUCAAUCCCUCCCUCUCGUUCAGCCGCCGAACUGCUCCUGACGCCGUCGCCGGUUGGAGCUUCGAAGCUCACUCGGUCCCUCACUCAGCUAACGUCUCAGACUCUCAGCAGUGGAAGCACAGUCGCCGGGCUCGCCUCCUGCCUCUGUCGCGUAGCUCUGUUCCUCCGUCGCAAGCUCUGUUCCUGCCUCCGUCGCCAGUUCUGUUAAUGCCUCCGUCGCCAGUUCUGUUAAUGCCUCCGUCGCCAGCUCUGUUCUUCUAGGCAGAUUUUAGUGUUUUGUAGUUGCUGGUUUUGCUGGUUUUGGAAUGUUGAAUGCUGGUUUUGCUGAAAUGUUUUGGCCACUAGAGCUUCUUUGAUCAACUUCUGCUGAGAAUAUGCUAUACACAGGUCUAUGAUCAGAGAAUCUUGACUCCCCACGAACGUAAGAUAGUGAGUUCCAAUAGCUGCCAAUAGUGAGUUCCAAUAGCUGCCAAUAAGUUGCUUGUGAGAUAUGAGUCUGAUAUCUCAAAAUGCUCGCACUAAAGCUAAGAAGACCCAAAGGGAGGAGGACAUCAAAGAACCUCCCAAUCAUGAAGAGGUUGAGGAUGGGAAAGAUUCUGAUGAUGAAGCUCUGAAGGCAAAGAAGAGGAAGCGAGAACAGUCAGAAAUGCAACAAGUGAGAGAAAUGAAAAAGCUGGAAAGCUUUUUGUUUGGCUCUCUGUAUUCCCCUGUUGAAUUUGGAAAGGAGGAUAAUGAAGUAGAAACUGGGGAUAAAAAGAGCUCGGAUUUGUUUUUCACUGACCGUUCUGCAAAUAGUGUGCUUUCUGUUUAUGAGGGAGAUGCUGACAUUUCAGAGGAAAGUGAUGAUGAUAGGGCUGCCGUGCAGAGAAAACCUGUAUGGGUGGAUGAUGAAGAAGAAAAGGCCACUAUUAACAUAGCAAAUGUUAACAGGUUAAGGAAGUUGAGGAAGGAAGAGGAUGAGGAUUUGAUUUCUGGUUCAGAGUAUGUGUCAAGAUUGAGGGCUCAGCAUGUAAAGCUGAACCCAGGAACUGAUUGGGCACAGAUUGAUUCGAGGUCCAAAAUAGAUAGAUCUUCUGAUGAUGAGUCAGAUGAAGAAAAUGAAGCUGCAUUGAACCAAGGUAACAAGGAUGUGGAUGAUAUUCUGAGAACAAAUGAAGACCUAGUUGUGAAGAGUAGCUCGAAACUACUGCCUGGACAUGUUGAAUACUCAAAGCUAGUUGAUGCUAAUAUACAGGAUCCAUCUAAUGGCCCAAUAAAUUCUGUUCAGUUCCAUAGAAAUGCUCAGCUCCUUCUUGCUACAGGAUUGGACAGAAAGCUUAGAUUUUUUCAAAUUGAUGGCAAACGUAACACCAAGAUUCAAAGCAUCUUCCUUGAAGAUUGCCCCGUUCGGAAAGCUUCUUUCUUGCCAGAUGGGUCUCAGGUUAUCUUAUCGGGAAGAAGAAAAUUUUUCUAUAGUUUUGAUUUGGUUAAGGCUAAGGUUGAUAAAGUAGGUCCUUUAGUUGGUAGGGAAGAGAAAAGUUUGGAAAAUUUUGAGGUCUCGCCUGAUUCUAAAUUAGUAGCUUUUGUGGGUAAUGAGGGUUACAUUUUAUUAGUUUCGACAAAAACAAAGCAAUUGGUUAGUACCUUAAAGAUGAACGGAACAGUCCGAUCCUUAGCUUUUGCAGAAGAUGGACAGCAGUUGUUGAGCGGUGGCGGUGAUGGCCAGGUUUACCACUGGGAUCUGAGAACAAUGACAUGCAUGCAUAAAGGUGUAGAUGAAGGCUGCAUAAACAGCACAGCUCUUAGUACUUCUCCAGGUGGAAAACUUUUCGCAGCUGGUUCAGACAGCGGAAUUGUGAAUAUUUACAAUAGAGAGGAAUUCCUCGGGGGCAAGAGGAAGCCUAUCAAGACCAUUGAGAAUUUGACCACUAAAGUAGAUUUUAUGAAAUUCAAUCACGAUUCUCAAAUAUUAGCAAUCUGUUCAUGCAUGAAAAAGAGCAGUUUGAAAUUGAUACAUAUCCCGUCAUAUACUGUGUUUUCCAACUGGCCACCGCCGAAUGCAAGCCUGAGUUACCCCCGGUGUCUUGAUUUUAGUCCAGGUGGUGGUUUCAUGGCUGUAGGAAACUCUGCAGGAAAGGUGUUAUUGUACAAGUUGCACCAUUACCAGCAUGCAUAAAAUCAAAUUUGGAAGCUCUCUCAAGGUUUGAGAGUAAAUUUUUGUGUUGUUAUUUGUUGUCCAGGCAGGUUUCUGAACUUAGGUUAUUAUUGCAUUUUUGUCAUAAACUAAUGAAGCGUCAUAUGUGUUUGUAUUCAAGCUAUAGAGGAGAUAACUAGCUUCAAGUCUUUUAUUGAUUGUUUGACAUUAGCUAUAUUAACUACAUUGCUUUAUCAAUGUUAUAGAUACCUAGAUGAGCUGUUAUGUUAUA